AAUUAACUAGUGAAAGUGUAUGAGUUGACGUGGAAGCAAAAUUAGCCAGCAAGGGGAACACCCGACACUCCAAACUCCACUCUUUUGAACCAGAAUAACCAUUUCUUCACUUCCUCGUCGAAGAGAUAAGCUUGGUAGUAGCUGGGUAACAUUGUACGAUGUCGCACCUCGCAUUGUCUGCUACAGCCACACUCCCUUAUCUAAGCAGAACUGUAAAGCGACUGAAUAAUGUUUUUCCUAAUUUUAUGGGACACUGUGCAAUCAAGUCUUCACUACAUGGAAAUUUCCAAAGGAAAGGGUUCUCUAUCGUUGCUUCAGUUAAUGCAGGACUGGAUGGGGGUGUUGCUGAAUUAUCUGAGAAGGAGCAAGAUUUAAAACAUUAUAUGUGGCCGGACAAAAAGAGGCCUAGGGUAUGCAUAUUAGGUGGUGGAUUUGGAGGCUUAUAUACAGCUUUAAGACUGGAGUCUCUGAUGUGGCCUGAUGGCAAGAAACCUCAAGUUAUUCUCAUUGAUCAGUCUGAGCGUUUUGUUUUCAAGCCAUUGCUUUACGAGCUUCUAUCUGGAGAAAUGGAUGAAUGGGAAAUAGCUCCACGAUUUUCAGAUUUACUGGCGAAUACCGAUGUUCAAUUUGUCCAGGACAGAGUGAAACUUUUGCAUCCCUCUUGUGAUAAGCCCACAAGUGGUGCUCUGAGAUAUUCGUGUGCUGGAAGUGUGCAACUUGAAAGUGAUCUUCUUAUAGAAUAUGACUGGUUGGUUCUUGCUUUGGGGGCUGAACCAAAGCUUGACGUUGUCCCUGGGGCUGUAGAAUAUGCCCUGCCAUUUUCCACUUUUGAGGAUGCAUGCAAAGUUAACGAUAAACUACAAUCAUUGGAGAGGAAGUUCUUUGGCGAAGGAAUCCCAGUCAGGGUGGUCGUUGUUGGUUGUGGUUACUCUGGAGUGGAAUUAGCUGCAACAGUAUCGGAAAGGCUGAAAGAUAAGGGAACUGUACAAGCAAUCAAUGUGGAGAGCACAAUAUGUCCAUCUGCUCCACCUGGUAACAGGGAAGCUGCCCUAAAAGUGCUCUUGGACCGAAAUGUUGAGCUUCUUUUAGGGUAUUUUGUUAAGUCUAUAAAAAGAGCCACUGAUGCUGAGGCACUGAAACAGUUGACAGACAAUGGGAAUAUUGGCAUGCAGCAUGAUGCUGAAGAACUACUUGUGGAACUUCAGCCUGCUGAAAAGGGUCUGCAAGGUCAAAACCUGGAAGCAGAUUUAGUUUUGUGGACUGUUGGUAAUAAACCUCGCCUUCCUGAACUGGAGCGCCCUGAUAUGUCCCAGAUGCUUCCUCUUAAUGGCAGAGGACAAGCAGAAACUGAUGAAACCCUUCAGGUAAAGGGUAACCCACGGAUAUUUGCAUUAGGCGACUCCUCUGCUUUGAGAGACUCAAGUGGAAAGCUUCUUCCUUCUACUGCACAGGUAGCUUUCCAACAAGCGGAUUUUGCGGGCUGGAAUAUAUGGGCAGCAAUCAAUGAUCGUCCACUUCUACCUUUCAGGUUUCAAAAUUUAGGAGAGAUGAUGACUCUAGGGAGAUUUGAUGCUGCUGUAACUCCAAGUUUCAUUGAUGGGUUAACCUUGGAAGGACCUGUUGGGCAUGCUGCGAGGAAACUAGCGUAUCUCAUCAGGCUGCCAACUGACCAACACAGGAUUAAAGUUGGACUCAGCUGGUUCGCGAAAGAGGCUAUUGAUUCAGUUGCAACUCUGCAAACUACCUUAACCAAAGUCCUCUCAGGCUCAUAGUAUUUUGCAAGUCUUGCAAUAUCUAAAAUUUUCUAGGUGGGAGGAUUAGUGAAACUAUUUAAUUGUACAGGGAGUGACCUACAUGUUUUUUUCUCUCUUUAUCUAAACCUCUAUAUUAUAUUAGAAAGGUGUAAUUAUGUACGUAAAUUUGUUCCACAAAGGAAAGAUAAAUUUCACUACUCCCUCUAUAACAAAUACUAGCAACAAUUGAAUAUUUUACCUCUUACAAAUAAUACCAAAUGUUGCUAUUAAUUCGUUACGAAGGGAGUACAUACAUUAGUAUCA